GGGGGGAAACAGCAACUGCUUUCCUGAUCUGCAACUUGGCAGGACACUAAAAUGUCUGUGGACAUGAAUAGCCAGGGAUCUGACAGCAAUGAAGAGGACUAUGACCCAAAUUGUGAGGAGGAAGACGAGGAAGAGGAUGAGGACCCUGGGGAUAUAGAGGAUUAUUAUGAGGGGGUAGCAAAUGAUGUCGAACAACAGGGAGCAGAUGCCUUUGAUCCAGAAGAAUACCAGUUUACCUGCCUAACUUACAAGGAGUCAGAGGGCACCCUGAACGAGCACAUGGCCAAUUUGGCCACUAUGUUAAAGGUGUCUCAUUCAGUGGCUAAACUUGUAUUAGUUAAUUUCCACUGGCAAAUCUCAGAGAUACUGGAAAGACACAAGUCCAAUUCUGCUCAGCUGUUAGUUGAGGCCCGAGUUCAGCCCAGUCCAUCGAAACAUGUAAUGGUACAUUCCUCCCAUCACUGUGCAGUGUGCAUGCAGUUUGUUCGAAAGGAAAAUUUACUCUCUUUGGCUUGUCAGCACCAGUUUUGCCGAAGCUGUUGGGAGCAGCAUUGUACAGUGCUGGUGAAAGACGGUGUAGGAGUUGGGGUCUCCUGUAUGGCUCAGGACUGCCUUCUCAGAACACCAGAGGAUUUUGUGUUUCCUUUGCUGCCUAGUGAGGAGUUGAAAGACAAAUACAGGCGCUACCUCUUCAGGGACUACGUGGAGAGCCAUUAUCAGCUCCAGCUAUGUCCUGGUGCAGACUGCCCCAUGGUUAUCCAGGUACAGGAGCCUCGAGCUCGACGAGUGCAGUGCAAUCGAUGCAACGAGGUGUUCUGUUUCAAGUGUCGUCAGAUGUAUCAUGCCCCUACAGACUGCGCCACAAUCCGGAAAUGGCUCACAAAGUGUGCAGACGACUCAGAAACGGCAAACUACAUUAGUGCUCACACUAAAGAUUGUCCCAAGUGCAAUAUCUGUAUUGAGAAGAAUGGAGGCUGCAAUCACAUGCAAUGUUCUAAGUGUAAACAUGAUUUCUGCUGGAUGUGUCUAGGAGACUGGAAGACCCAUGGCAGCGAGUACUACGAGUGCAGUCGGUACAAAGAAAAUCCUGAUAUUGUAAACCAGAGUCAGCAGGCCCAGGCGAGGGAGGCCCUUAAGAAGUACUUGUUCUACUUUGAGAGGUGGGAAAAUCAUAAUAAGAGCUUACAGCUAGAGGCACAGACAUAUCAACGAAUUCAUGAGAAGAUCCAGGAAAGAGUAAUGAACAAUCUGGGGACUUGGAUCGACUGGCAAUACCUGCAGAAUGCUGCUAAGCUCCUAGCCAAGUGUCGAUAUACGCUGCAAUACACGUAUCCAUAUGCAUACUACAUGGAGUCUGGACCGAGGAAGAAGCUGUUUGAGUAUCAGCAGGCCCAGCUCGAGGCAGAAAUUGAGAACCUGUCAUGGAAGGUGGAGCGAGCAGAUAGCUAUGACAGAGGGGACUUGGAGAAUCAGAUGCACAUAGCUGAGCAGCGGAGGAGAACGCUGCUGAAGGAUUUUCAUGACACAUAAGUCAGGUCACAGGAGGAUACGGGGUGAGAGGGAAGAGAGCAUUGAGAAAACAAGGCAUCCAGCAGCAUCAUUGCAUGGAACGGGCACUGCCACUGGAGAGCACAGACCAAGAACAACGCCCCAGCCCCUCACAGCUCUCCCAUUUUAGUCACUUUCAGUUUUCUUCUCAUCUUUCCGCUUUUGUUUGUGCCAGGGUAGAGGCCAUAUUGAAUUGGCAUCCUUAUGGGACUUUGUAAAUUUCCCCUGGAUUGUUGUUGGGAGGGAGGGAAAGUUUUUCUGAAUGGCUGUUAAUAGUAUUAGAUCAUUACAACUUCUGUAAUUUUUAAAGGUUGUAAAAUUAUACAAAACAAAACAAACAAAAAAACCCUAGAAUAACACAGAACCCUUUUAAAAAAAUAAUAAAUUGGCAUUGGAGUGUUUUUUCCUUUAGAUAUUCUGCUUAGAAAGUAACAUUUGCUCCCCAUCCACACUGCUUUUGUGCUGAGCUUUAUGAAAUGCCACAUUGGCCUUCUUGGGGUUGCCUCCCCUUUUCCUGCUCAGAUAUGCUUGGCAGCAGCUUUGAUUGCCCAGGGAAGAGAGCAACCAACCUCUUCCAGGAGCUUCUGUUGGGGAGGAGCCUGGAAGCACUGUAAGCUGGAUCAUGUCAACUACUCAUUCAGCUGCUCUUCUUCCUACGCUAGGUGCUGGGGGAUCUUGCCAAAUUCUGAAUCCAAAAAAACCCCAGUCCAGGUUGAGGUAUAGCCACCUAUUGCCCUGAGUCCUGGGGUAUUUGGCAAAAAUUGGAUUUUUCUUGAUAUGCCCCAUUAUGCUUCUUAUAGGGUUAGCUUUUAAUCCAUCUUUCUAGCUGGAUUACUGAGCAUUAUCAGUUUGGGAUUUUUUUCCCCAUACCUACCCCUGUGCUUUGUCCUGGUGAGUCGUUUUGGGCAUGUUUGUGAACUGGUGCCAGGGGCAUGCAUGUGAGGACCUCUCCCAAAGGUUGAUGGUUUCUCACCAGGAUACCUUGAAAAGGAUUCUGAGUGCCUGGAUUGCUUCCUCUUUGCCUUUCUGAGGGAGGGAUGGUAAAUUGAGUCCUGAGAAAAGCUGUGGCUGGGCCAGCAAGGACCAGUCGUGGGCUGUUGUUAUGGGGGAUCCAAGACAGUUUUAGUGGUCAAGAAACAGAGAAGAGAAUUAUCUAAAAAUCAUGACUCUCAGGAUAGCAGAAUUGAAAACACAGACAUAAAGAAAUGAUCCAUUGGCAGCUCCUCAGACUAUAUCAGACUCCUGAGUGUGUCCCCUGAAUUGGAGACCUUUGAAAGAAAGUAUCUUGCUACCUGCCUUCGUAUGGAAAUAGGGAGCCUAUCCGAGUGAAUAGAAUCAUCUUAAAUGUGGCCCUCCUGUGAAAAAGUGAAGAAAGAACUAUGGGUGAAAAAGUGGAGAAAGAACUAUGUUGGAGUCACCAUGGACUGACUGGAAGUGGUCUUUGCCCACUGGCUUCUUCUUUCCCAUCUGAGCGUUGUCAGUCAAGAAGUCCCUUCUUAUCUUCGCACACAUUUUCAUGUGUGACCUACAUUAAUCCUAAGACUGCUUUGAGAUUUUCUUUGGCCACUCUAGAAAACUCUCCAUUGGCUUUGAGCUGACCUUUUGACAUUUGUUCACUAUUUUUCUCCUGUUGAAACGACUCCCUUAAACAUCAAGCAUCCCUGAGAUUCUGGAGGGCAUUUGGUGCCUACUUUAGUGUUGUUCCCAGUCUCCGACUGCACAAAAGUUGUAGGCCUACAGUACUACAAUACCUUUAAACCUAUAUUUGGAAGUCUUUGAAAAAGCAGAUCUAAGAUACUUGUGAAAGCUUCUGAUGUCUUUUAUCUCCAGGGGAUAAUGUGUUCAGCUGUGCUCAGGGGGUACGACAGGGCUUUCCUCUGGGAGAGCCCUCAGAGCUUUUAUCUCCGCAGUUAUCCUCCAAGCCUAAGAGUUCAAGAAUGAAUUCUUCUGUUCUCUGCUUGGCCACCUGGAGGUAGGGAUGGGGUUUUAGAGAGAUUGUAAAGGAGUUGGAGCUCCUUUGGAGCUUACAUCCAUCCAUUUUCACUUUCCAACACCCAGUUAUGCAUUUAUUUCUUGGGUGCUAUGUAAACUGUGAAAUUAAUUCCACCUGAGAGUCAGCUGUGACAGUGGAGGGGUUAUUGUUGGGUGGGGUUGACCUGUAAGCCCUUCCCCCAUUCCUCUCCUUGAAAAGCAAAGCCCUGUUUUCUGAGAAGAGGACGGGCAAUUAUGAAUGAGGGAAGGGCAGUGAAGAAUUAAUCUAGAAACACCACAUUCAUAAGCUAACUGUAAAUAAGAAGAGCGUUCCUUCUGAGAACAGGAAGGGGGUGGGUGCCUCGUUUUCCUCACAUUGAGGAUUCCAGUGUUUGGAACCUUCUUCUUUUUGUGAUGUCUUUUUUGUGGCACCAGCUUUGCUUCUAGAACUUUUGGUUGUAGCUUUGCUCAUAUAAUUCACUGGCCAUCACAUACCCUUGACAUCUUAGGCAGCACCAAGGAGUUUCUCUAAACUGCAUGACUGCUGCUCUUGGUGCACGAGAUUGUGCACAUAUAUGUGUGUGUGUGCGCGCGCACGCUCAGACGUGCAUACCCAUGUGCACACACAAAUAUACAAAUUGCUUUUGCACUGAUGCUGGAGCCACAAAGGGUUUCUGUACCAUAAUCACAGCUUUGAGCCCUUAUGACUUUGAAUCAAGUGCUCGACAGAAUGUAUUUUCUUUUCAAUGAGGCUUGUUCUAGACCUUAGCUGGCUGUCACUUUUAAGUUUUCUGACGGUCUAGAAAGCUGGGAGAAUCUGGCAGACUCUAACUCUGCUUUGCAUGGGGUAGAAAAGGAGGAAGAGCAGGAUAUUUUCUCAUAAAAUGGCCCCAUCUCUUGGUUUUCCUUUAGAGAGGAAAGGUGAAUUGGGGCAAUGUACUCUGCUCUUAAGUUUCCCAGAAUUCUAGUGGUUUAUUCAAAAUAAAUUGUAAAUUUCUAAUUUUAAAA